GGUCUUGUGCUUGUAGGUCAGUCCUGGCAAAAGUGGGGCUACUAUAAGAUUAUCUUAAUUUCUUUCUACUUAGAAGGAGCGGCCUCCAUUGUCAUGUUACUUCUGGGACAGGAAUACUACUACUGUUUGGCAUUCUAUAUCACUGUUGUCAUGGUAAUUGUGCAAGCUUCUUUUUGCUUGUUUAAUCUGCCACUGGCUGACUUGGUUGAUGCAGAUUUACUGAAGUUCAAUAGACAGUCACCCCUCUCUUCAAUGGUUUUGGUCAAUGCAUUGCUUACCAGACCUGCUCAGUCAUUAGCUCCCAUGAUGGUACUGUCUAAGAUAAGCCAGUAUGGAUAUGGAGACCCAAACAAGAGUAUACUUCUGGAUCUUCAAGAUGCCAUGUUUAGCUUGGUUUGCCUGGUCCCGCUGGGCAUCGCAGUGGUCCAGAUUCUGGUUUGGAGCUUUUUCUCCAUCAGGAGCAGGACAGACUACACAGGGAUUCUCUGA